UUCAGUAGUAUUGGUCUCUGCUGGUUGUGAGCAUUACGGAUAUUGAUAAACAACAGAAGAAAAUGAGGAUGGAGGUUAACCGUGUGGUGCCAGUGCUGGUAGUUAUGAUGAUUAUUUCACUCUGUCCUUCUACAGAAGACACCGAGACAACAGAGAGAGAAGCAAAAAAAGAAUCUAGAGCUGUCUCAGAGCAGAGCUGCGGAUGCCAUCUUACAGGUGUCUUGGAUGACUGCUUCUGUGACGUAGAAAGCAUUGAUGCCUUUAAUAACUAUAAAAUAUUUCCAAAGUUGAAAAAGCUGCAAGAACGUGACUACUUUAGAUACUAUAAAGUGAAUUUAAAGAGGCCGUGUCCAUUUUGGGCAGAAGAUGGUCAUUGUUCUAUCAAAGAUUGCCAUGUGGAGCCCUGUCCAGAGAGUAAAGUUCCACUUGGAAUUAAAGCAGGGAAUUAUAACAAGUAUUCACUCGAAGCAAACAGUGAAAAAGAUAUAGACGCCUGUGAACAAGCCAAUAAGCUUGGAGCCAUAAACAGUACACUAAGUAACCAAAGUAAAGAAGCGUUCAUCGACUGGGCGAGAUAUGAUGAUGCGCAGGAUCAUUUCUGUGAACUUGAUGAUGAAAGAUCUCCAGAUGUACAGUAUGUGGAUCUCUUGCUGAACCCAGAAAGAUAUACAGGAUAUAAAGGACCUUCAGCAUGGAGAGUGUGGAAUAGUAUUUAUGAAGAAAACUGCUUUAAACCUCGAUCCGUAUAUCGUCCAUUAAAUCCACUGGCACCCAGUAUAAGUGGCGAUACUGGAGAAUCUUUCUAUGAGUGGCUUGAAGGCUUGUGUUUAGAGAAGAGAGUGUUCUACCGUCUUAUAUCAGGUCUUCAUGCCAGCAUCAAUUUACAUCUCUCCGCUAAAUAUCUUCUUGAAGAUAACUGGGGUAAUCCUCGAUGGGGACCUAACACAAAAGAAUUUACUCAUCGUUUUCACCCUGCUUAUACAAAAGGGGAAGGUCCACGGAGACUGAAAAAUCUGUAUUUUCUUUAUUUGAUUGAACUUCGUGCAUUAUCCAAGGUUGCUUCAUACUUUGAGCGUUCAGUUGUUGAUCUUUACACUGGAAAUCUGGAGGAAGAUGUGGAGACUAAAAAUCUAUUGCUGAGCAUAUUCAUAGAUGCGAAAUCUUUUCCAAUGCACUUUGAUGAGAAGUCAAUGUUUGCAGGAAACAAAAAAGAAGCAAGAUCACUAAAGGAAGAAUUUCGUUUGCAUUUCAAAAACAUAUCCCGCAUAAUGGAUUGUGUUGGUUGUGACAAAUGUAGGUUAUGGGGGAAACUUCAGACGCAAGGAUUGGGGACUGCACUUAAAAUUUUGUUCUCUGAAAAAGAAAUUCAAAGUCUUCCAGAGAAUAGCCCAUCAAAAGGAUUCCAACUUACACGGCAGGAAAUCGUAGCAUUAAUCAAUGCAUUUGGAAGGUUAUCAACAAGUAUAAAAGAACUGCAGAGUUUUAAGUACCUUUUACAUGACCAUAGGUAAUGGUUAAUGUGCUGGGUUUCUGCUUCCUCAUUCUGCUUUGUUAGACACAUCUGUGAUGUAUACUAAAAGGACCCACUCUUUGGACUGAAAAGAAAAGUAAGACGUCUGCAUAAGAUUUAACAUCCAUGACUUUAAAGACUAUUUAUUGUUUGUUUUCUUUAAAAAAAAAAGCCAUUGAAGUUAUACAAAUGUUGUGGAUUUGUAUUCUAACGAUUUACCCUGUUUUAAUUGUCAGUUUUUAUUUAUGAUCAUUGGUUGUGUACAAGAGAAUUUGUAUACAAUGCAGAUUUUACUUGAAUACUGUGAUGUAAACUUAGCUUCUUCCAUGAAGUAAGCUGAGCACCACUUAGCACAGGUUCUGUGGCCAUACAUGUCACAAAUGUAUACAUAGAAUGAUAUGCCCCUUGUUACCAGUCAAGGCUAAAACAUUUUGUAAUGUUAUUACAUUAUAUCACAUUAUAUUAAGCAAAGUGGGUCUACAUAAGCAUGUUACAAAGUAGUUUUUAUUCAGAUUGUUAUUAAAAUACUGAAUAAACACAUUCCUAACUUAUCACAAAGAAAAUUAUAAUUAAAAUCCUUUCCAUUGUUUACAUCCCAUUCAUUGAGCAUCAAUUCCUGUUUGAGGUAAAAGCAAAACUGGUUUGCAAUAUAUCGCUACAGUACUGCAUGUGCUGAUUGUGCUAAACUUUUCUUAUUCAAGUAAAUUUGCACCUAAUUACUAAAUGAGCCCUAUUAAAUACAACCUUUUGUGUUGAUCCAGGGAAAUGCACCAAGAAAGAUGCUAGUGUAAUGUAAUGGUGGGUGUUUUUCCUAGCCCCUGAAAUUGAAUGGUUAAUAAAUAAUGUGUGUUACUUACAGGGGCUAGCGACACUUUUCGGGUCUUACCAGAAUUGUAUUUUUCAUCAAAAUGUGCCUAUAUGUCCUUUUAAACUAUUUUCCUCAAUUUGACCUUCCACUUAAAGGAGAAGGAAAGGUAAAAACUAAGUAAGCUUUAUCAGAAAGGUCUAUGUAAAUACAGCCAUAAGCACUCACAGAAAUGCUGCACUGACUUCUCUGAAAAAAGAUUAGUUGUGUCAGUAAUUCUUGUGCCAGAGACACACAGCUCUCUCCUGCUCCCUCCCCCUUAGGAAUGUAGAUCUGAGCCAAUCAGCAGGAAGCUGACUCAUAGUCUAACUAACUGAGCAUGUACACUUGGUCUGGGUGUCUGGGCAGGAGUGAGGCAUUAUGGGAACUUUCUUUACACAGCUCAGCGUUUUUUCUUCCUGUUUGGCUUCAGAUCUUCUGAACAGGUGAAAUAUGGGGAGACUUAAGGGCACUAUUGAGACAACUGAAGAUAUGCCUGCAGCUUGAGAUUAACUCUUUACUAGCCUUUCCUUCUCCUUUAGGAGUGUUGGACACCGACAUGCCCUUAUAGUCUGUUGGGGUUUUGUCUGAGCUUGCAAGGCAGAACUUAAAUGCUUGAUUGACAGGAAAAAUCUAGCAGCGUAGUUAAAUGGUGUUGUCGGCUUAUUCUAUGUGGCCAUGCAGGGUCAGAUUUCACAGCUUACUUAUCACACUGCUCGCUCUUCCUUCACUACAAAACUUCUCUACUGGUUCUUUUCAUUCCCUCCUUGAUUAUUUGUGGCCCUUGCCUGCCUGCUUGGCCUUCCUAAACUAAUCUUCUUUAGGACUGCUGUUAAGAUUAACCUUUCAAACCCAGCUACUGAAGUGUAUUGUUUGUGCAACAGAGGCAAGCAGGCAGGCAAGGGACAUGCAUAAAUAAUAAAGUAAGGGGGAAUGAGUUAAAAACAUCAUUAAAAAAAAAAAA